CUAUAGGGCAAAAGAGCCUUUUGUCUUGGAGAAUCGCAUCUCUAACGCCAUCGAUGGAUAUUCUCACUAUUAUGGAAGCUCUUAUGGCCCCUAUCAGCCUCUUUGAGUGAUAACGCCAUUUUCUAUGUUUCUAUCAACCUUUCUAAUGACUAACAACAAAUAUUCAUCUAUCCAUUGAUGCCUAGCAGUCACUUUGAACUGGCAAUACGUCUUGUUUUCUAUUUUCAACUUUUUCUUCUAGUUUCCUACUUCCACAGCUCAAACAUAUCUUUGUUUAGGAUGGCUGCUUUGUUUCUUGCUUACCCAUGUGACACCCUGAUAUCGUCAGCUAACAAUUUACUAUUGGGGCAAUGGUUGUAUCAAUUAAACCAGCUUGCUCGUACUGAAACAUCCGGAACACUACCGAUUGAGCCUUAUAUAAUAUUUCAAGGCGAUCUCGCUGGCGGAUUCAUAUCCGCAAACUUGGUCCAGAUGCUCCAACGCCUGAGCCCGUCUGUAAAUCAUCUACAACGUCUAUAUUAUACUCAUUUUACAACCUUACAACUCUUUAAACCCUGACUUUCCACCGCAUACAUAUAAUGGAAAGGUUGUC